AUGGCCAAACAGUCGUCGGGAUGGCUCGCUCUUCAGAAGCGAUGGCUCUUUCUCCUUCUGCUCGCCCUUUCUCUCUCGACUCUGCUCGCUUUCAUUCUCAGAGCCGCUCUCGACUCUACCUGCCAUCGCCAACAACACUUCCAAGUCCCGCACAAUCGGCUUCGCUCGGCUCCGCGGACCGAAACGGCUCCGAAUCCCCUCAGUUUCAUGAAGUAUAAGCUCGUUCUACUCGUUUCGCACGAGCUCUCACUUUCUGGUGGACCAUUGUUGCUGAUGGAGCUAGCGUUUCUGUUAAGAGGCGUCGGUGCUAAAGUUUGUUGGAUGACAAACCAGAAAUCUUCAGAAAUGGAUGAGGUUGUAUACAGUUUGGAACAUAGGAUGUUGCACCGAGGAGUACAGGUCUUGUCUGCAAAAGGUCAAGAAGCUGUAGAUACAGCUCUGAAAGCUGAUUUGGUUGUUUUGAACACUGCUGUUGCUGGGAAGUGGUUGGAUGCUGUUCUUAAGGAGAAUGUUUCCCAUGUUCUCCCAAAGGUGUUAUGGUGGAUUCAUGAAAUGCGAGGUCAUUACUUCAAAAUGGAGUAUGUUAAGCACCUUCCUUUGGUUGCUGGUGCCAUGAUCGAUUCACAUGUUACAGCAGAAUACUGGAAGAAUAGGACUCAAGAGCGCUUGAAGAUUAAAAUGCCUGAGACCUAUGUUGUUCACCUUGGCAAUAGUAAGGAACUAAUGAAUGUUGCUGAAGAUCGCGUGGCAACAAGGGUUUUGCGUGAGCAUGUUCGGGAGUCUCUUGGAGUGCGAAAUGAGGAUAUACUCUUUGCUAUUAUAAACAGUGUUUCACGUGGAAAAGGCCAGGAUUUAUUUCUCCGUGCUUUUUAUGAUAGCUUGCAACUCAUUCAAGAACAUAAGUUAAAGGUGCCAUCAUUGCAUGCAAUAAUCGUAGGAAGUGACAUGACUGCACAGACCAAGUUUGAGUCAGAGCUUCGGAACUUUGUGGUACUGAAGAAAAUCCAGAAUCGUGUCCAUUUUGUAAAUAAAACCCUGACAGUAGCCCCGUAUCUAGCUACUGUUGAUGUUCUUGUUCAAAAUUCCCAGGCCCGGGGAGAGUGCUUUGGGAGGAUUACCAUUGAAGCCAUGGCAUUUCAGCUACCUGUACUGGGAACAUCUGCGGGAGGCACCACAGAGAUCGUAGUGAAUGAAUCCACAGGUUUGCUGCAUCCUGUUGGGAAAGAAGGCGUCACUCCUCUUGCAAAAAAUAUCGUCAAACUCGCCACUCAUGUUGAGAGAAGGCUUACAAUGGGAAAGAGAGGCUACGAGAGGGUGAAAGAAAUGUUUUUAGAACGCCAAAUGGCACAUAGAAUUGCUGCAGUUCUGAAGGAAGUUCUGCGAAAGGCAAAUAACCACAAACAAUCUUAGAACACCUUAGAGCCUGUUACUGUCGAGCAGAGAAAUCUCCCUCGCUAACUGGCGGGAAAACUAUAUGUAGUUGUUUCUUGUUUAUAGAAGCUGCUUCUAAUAUCAUCAACGGGCUUACCUUUAGGCCAUGUUUGAUUCA